GCACACAUUUGCCUAAGUAAACAGAAACACAAUGCGCCGGUAAAAAGUGUAAAUAAAAGCAACUAAGAAUUGUCAACAAAACGGUGACCACACUGAAUAAUUCAGUAAGUGCCGCAACGCUUUGUGGACUAGCGGUAUUAAAGCACGGCUUAGCGAACUUUGUUCCCACAUUCGGCGGCUGAAAUUCCCAGUGAAAACAACAACAGAACAACAGAGCAAACUAGAAGAAGAAGAACAUUUUAGAAUGAGCAGUGAAACGGAGGAGAAAAGAGCCAAGGCUCAGCCCAAUGGAUGUGAGCGGGCUUUUGUCCGGAGGGACAAGAUCAAAUGGUUCUGGGCACCGGCAUUCUUUGCCUUCUGGCUUCUGCUCUAUGUGACCAUCUCGAUCCCCGCCAGCCACCGCCUUCCCCGUCCACUGACCAUUCAGGAUGAGGCCAAGCACCCCGAUCAGUUCAUCGCCGAGCGGGCAGAGAAUAAUCUACGGGAAUUGGUGAGUCUGGGACCCCGAGUGGUGGGCAGUCGGCAGAACGAGAUGGCUGCCCUGAAGAUGCUCUCCCAAAAGAUGCAGAAGAUUCGCUCUGGUUCAGCCAACGACAUUGAAGUGGAUGUUCAGGUGGCCUCCGGCAGCUAUGUCCACUGGUCGAUGGUCAACAUGUACCAGAGCAUCCAGAACAUUGUGGUGAAGAUCAGUCCCAAGAACACAAAUAGUACGACUUACCUUCUGGUGAACAGUCACUACGAUUCCGUACCAGCUGGACCUGGUGCUGGUGACGAUGGCUCAAUGGUGGCCACCAUGAUGGAGGUUCUACGUGUAUUAGCCAAAUCCGACAAGCCCCUGAAGAAUCCAGUGGUGUUCCUGUUCAACGGAGCCGAAGAAAAUCCCCUGCAGGCCUCGCAUGCUUUUAUCACCCAACACAAGUGGGCCAAAUACUGCAAGGCCCUCAUCAAUCUGGAUUCCUGUGGCAAUGGCGGUCGGGAGAUCCUCUUCCAAUCUGGACCCAAUCAUCCCUGGCUGAUGAAGAACUACCGACGUGCCAUCAAGCAUCCUUAUGCUUCUACCAUGGGCGAAGAGCUCUUCCAGCAUAACUUCAUUCCUUCUGACACUGAUUUCCGCAUCUUCCGUGAUCACGGAUCGGUUCCUGGACUGGAUAUGGCCUACACCUACAAUGGAUAUGUUUACCACACGCGACACGACAAGGCUGAGAUCUUUCCCAGGGGAAGUUUUCAGCACACUGGUGACAAUCUGUUGGCCCUGGUUAAAGAGAUUGCCAACAGUCCGGAGAUCGAGGAUUCUUCGAAAUACGCCAAAGGACACACCAUCUACUUUGAUGUGAUGGGCUGGUUCCUGGUUUUCUACACCGAAACCCAGGGAGUUAUUCUCAACGUGAUUGUGGCUCUGACCUCCCUUGGUAUUUGUGGCUAUGCCUUCAAGUUGAUGUCGGUCAACUCGGGCAUUAAACUGGAGAAGAUCCUCAAGCGGGUUCUGCACACACUUCUCGUACAGAUUCUGUCUGUUGUUGUGGGAGCCAUUCUGCCAGUUCUCCUGGGUCUUUUCAUGGAUGCCGUGCAUUUGCCUCUGUCUUGGUUCACAAACUCCUGGCUCAUUUUGGGUCUAUACUUUACCACUUUCUUCUUUGGCUUGGCUAUAGUGCCAGCUAUGUACUUCCACUGGACCAAGGAUGAUAAACUGCCCCCUGGUCAGCGCAUUCAGCUGUUGCUGCACUCCCACUGCGUUCUUUUGGCUUUCCUCACUUUGAUCUUGACCAUCUGUGGAAUUCGCUCUGUUUUUGUUCUGAUGCUCAGUUGUUUGUUCUAUACCAUGGGUUUGAUCAUUAACAUUGCCACCAAAUUGGACCGGAAGGCUGUCUCCUGGGUCAUUCCACACAUUGUCUGCACUGUUCAACCUUUCGUGUUCUUCGCAUACUUCUCUCAUGGAUUCUUCACCACCUUUAUUCCCAUGUUCGGUCGCUUUGGCGAGAACCUCAAUCCCGACUUGGCUGUGGCUGUCUUCAGUGUUGCCGUUGGCUUCCUGUGCUGUGGUUUUAUUAUACCUGUUCUGCAGCUGUUCAACAAAUCGAAGACCAUCAUCUGUGGCCUGCUGGGCGUCACUUUACUGUGCUUCAUUAUUGCAAUGACUCCAUUGGGAUUCCCCUAUCGGCCAGACACCAAUGUCCAACGAUUCGCAGUAUUGCACACCAAACGAACCUUCCACGACGCCGAGAACCAUGUGCGCCGCCAGGAAUCUGGUUACUUCAUUAUGCCCCAGGACAGACGCACUUACACAGUCAAAAAUGCCGUUAUCAACAUGACGCUUGCCCAACGGAUUGGUUCUGAUUGCGACAAGGAAAUCAACUGCGGAUUACCACUCUACAAUCAGCGCUGGCACAAGACCAGAAAGAACAGCUUGUGGAUUCCGGCUUCUGAGCCAGUUCUUGGCGAAGAUAUACCCUCGGUUUUAUUGCUGGCUAAAAAGCAACUAACCACCUACAAAGUUCGUUAUGAAAUGCAGCUCAGUGGUCCCAAUCACAUGGCGCUUUUCAUUCAGCCCUUGAAUGGUGCAAAGGUUACGAAUUGGUCCUUCCAUCAGGCUCCCUUGCGACUGGAAUUUGAACCACCUUACUUUAUCUAUUUCUCCUGGGGAGUCAAUGGAGAUCCCCUUAAAUUCUGGAUAGAGCUGGAGAAACCCAAUGAAAAUUGGAACUCCACCACUAUGGAACUGGGUCUCGGUGGCCAUUGGACCCACCACAAGGACCUGUUGACGCCAGACUUCAAGAAGUUCCUCGACAGCUUCCCCCAUUACGUGGAUGCCACACCUUGGCCAGCUUCUUUCGAGAGCCGGAUCUACUAGGCUAAUAACCCUAGAUUUUGUAUAAAUAAGUUAAAUAAACGUUUUAAUAUUGACACACUUUA